AUGGCGGACCCCGGGCUUCCGCACUCGCUUCGACCGCGUAGCACCCGUGUAACGGCCCGAAACAUCCGUCUCCUAUACAAGCGCCUCAUUCGCAAUCCCCAGAGUAGGACUUAUGUCUUAUUCACUCUAGCCUUCCUCUGCUUCCUGGUUCUCUUGUACAUCACCUUUUUCUUGUCCACCGACUCCGAUCUCCGCUCAUCCUCCACUUCGCGCCAGGGCCCGCACAAUGCAGCUACACUGUUCAUUGCCAUCGGCUCGGCCCCGGGCAAUGUUGCCCUGAGGGACGCCGCGCGCGAAGGGUGGCUGCGCUGGCUCCCGUCCGACGACACAGUCUCCUACCGCUUCUUCUCCGACACGCCGCCCUCUGCCUUUGACGAUUCGUCCUCAUUCAGCGUCGACUGGUCCAACCUGCGGCGCGAGGCCAACCGUUAUGACGACGUUGUUUUGCAGCCGUUGCCCACGGGCUAUGGCUCCAACGACCACAACGUGUACGCCCAACGCGCCCGCUUCCAGGCCGCGUGGACUGUGCGUCAUAUCCCGGACGCCGAUUUCUUCCUGCGCAUAGACGAUGACAGCUUUUUGUGCUUGCAUCGCUUGCUGUACGAGCUCAAGGCCCUGCAACGAUCCCAGAUGUUCUGGGGGCGCUUCUGGUGUAGAGAGGGGCGCAAUCGCGCUGAUGAGAACUUUAUGCUGUUUUCGAGGGACAUCGUCGAGCUGCUGGCCAAUGAUAAGUUGGUCGGAAAGCUUUUGCCGUACGACGAGCACGUCACACUCGGUUGGAAUUUUGGCUACUGGUCCUGGGUGCUCAACUUGACUAUCUUUGAUGAUCAGAAGCGCAUCGAUGCGCAGCAGGGUUACUUGACCAAGUACAUGCAUCAGGAUCCCCCUGCUGACGCCAAGCAGUUGGCCAAGUUUUGCGACAGCUUUAUUUAUGCACACCAUGUGAAAGCUAGUACCGCCGCUGCUGCGUACCGCGCGACGAAAACGCAUCUCAUGUAUCAACUUCCUAUCAUUACGACGCCCAUGGAUACUUGCGAAGGGAAGGCGCAGACUUUUGUGCCGGCUAGGCAUUCCGAAGAGUUGCCUGACCUACGUAUCGGGCGCUCUGGAAACGCGCCGUGA